AUGGGAAUUGAUGCAGAAGAUAUCAAAUUAUGUGUUUGUAGAAUUGUUCAUUUGUCUUUUAGGGUUAGUCAUAGAUUUGUACAGAAGCAUCCUUAUGUGUCUGGUACAUUGUUGUUUCUCUUCAUUUUGUACAUUUUUCUGCCUUCUGUUUUUAGUUUUCUGUUUUACUGUUUGCCUUUCCUUGGCUUAACUGGCGUUCUCCUUGCCUUUUGGACUUCUAAAAGGUCCACAAUUCGAGUUGAGAAAGUAGAAGGUAAAAAGUUAGAGGUCUCCUCCAAACAGUCCACGAUCACAACUAAUAGAAAUCGUCGCGCUUACUUAAGAAAUGCAACCAGUAGGCGACAACGAUUCAGAGACAAGAGUGAAGCAUGGAGAACAGAAGCUCCAAUCAAUGCUUCGGUAGAUAGAACGGAUCAGCUGGUUGAACCCGAUAACUUGAAAUCAUUAAUCGAGGUGAAAGAAACCCAGUCUGUUGACUCUGGAAAUAAUGCAUCUGCUCAUUGUACAUCAGUUGAUAAAGAUAAUGAAAUUUCAAGUAAAAAGGAACCAAUUUUAGGCUCGGAGUUACUAGUAAAACCUGAUGUUGUGGCUUGUGAUGGCUCAAGUUCUCAGACUAAUAAAUCUGAUAGCGGUGGCGAUGAGGCAAAGAAUGAAAGCUCGGAAGAUCCGGAGGAUGAGGAUGAAGAGGAGGCGCAUGAGGAUAGGAAUAAAGCUGUGGAGUGGACAGAAGAUGAUCAGAAGAAUCUGAUGGAUCUUGGACUUUCAGAGAUUGAAAGGAACAGAAGAUUAGAGAACCUUAUUGCGAGGAGAAGAGCCAGAAAGUUGUACAAACGGAAAAAUGAAGAUACUGUUCUAACAGUAGACAUUCUUCCUCCAGGUCAAAUUCCCAAAAUUAUCACUACAAGGAAUGAUCCUCUGGAUUUGGCAGAUGGCUGUAAAGACAUAGAAGGUGUACCAUUGCCUGGUUCUGCUCCUUCUGUUCUGUUGCCAAUGAGAAAUCCUUUUGAUCUUCCAUAUGAUCUGCAUGAAGAGAAACCAAAUCUUAUGGCCGAUAGCUUUCAACAGGAAUUCACAGCGGCUCACCAAAAGGAAUUAGCAUACUGCAGACACGAGAGCUUUUGUUUUGGACCCGCUUACCCAGAAGAAAGUGGGGCAAUGGGAUACCACCCCAGAUAUCGAAGACCUUCAAUUUCGAUUGCAGAUAAAGGCGAACAUGACUGGCUAAUUGAACAGCUAUUAUUUAAAGGCGAUCAAGUCCCCCACACUGAAAGAAAACCUAUCGCUGUAGAAACCGGAGGCAUUCAAACUGCAGAUUCACCACAAACCAGGGAUGUUAAUGCAAUGGAGCUUGAAAGCGAUCAAGAGAAGGAUAUUCCACCAGAUUCGGAGAGUGAAUUUGAAAUGGAGCCAGAAUUGACCCAAGAUGGCAAUAGCCAAUCAAGCCAUUCAUCUUCAUUGGACAAUCCUGAAAAUGUGAUCUGUGAUGAUGUCAGAGUAGUUGCAAAAAGCUUCGAGUCCACAUUGAGCAGCGCACUGAACAGAACCUUGAACUGCAAAGUACCAAAGAGCAGACUAAUAAAGGAACCUCUCUGUGAUUUUAGCCCCACGGCAUUUGAUAAGAACAAAAUGGAGGAGCGUUUUUCCUAUCCAGAUAAAGUGGUCUGUCACACUCCAACUUACUCCAUUGCUUCUGACCUGCAAGUGGAGGUCUCUGAAAUUGGCUCCCCUCCGACUGUUGAUGGGAACAAUACUGAUGGAGAAUCAUUGAACCCUGACUGGGAGAUUGAAAAGGAGGCAAGUUUUGGAGGUGAACAAGAUGACAUGAGUCCACUGUUGGGGGGUCAGUAUAAUGAGAGAGUAUCGGAUGUACAGGAGGAAGAAGUAGAAGCAUUGAGCAUCACAGAAGCAUCGCCCCCUAAAACUAUUCAAAGUCCAAUGUCCGAGGAACCAGUGGAUCAUCCAACUCAAGUUGGCUCCCAAUUGCUAGAGGAGUUGUCUUUUCCCACAUAUGGGGAUAAAGAAGCCGUACGUCACAUGGUUGACCAAAAAGUUCCAGAAGCUCUAGCGAACAUGAAAAACAUGGUAAAAACCAGUGAAGAUGUGGAUGAUGGUUUGGAGAUAUCCAUCAAACAAGAGGAUAAUGGAAAGGAAACAAGAUCAUUGGAGGAGACUUGCGUAAAAUCUAGCAGAUCUUUGAAUGAUGGUUCUGAGGAUUCUUCUGGAUGUCAAGCCCACUUGCAGCAUGAACAUUCAGAAGAAGAAAGUAAAAAUAUGGAUCAAAUUACUGGGAAUGGAGAUCUUGGCACAGCUCAUAAACAUUCAGAAGAAGGAAGUAAAAACAAGGAUCAAAUUACUGGCAAUGUAGAUCUUGACCAGGAACAUUCAGAAGAAGGAAGUAAAAACAUGGAUCAAAUUACUGGCAGUGAAGAUCUCGGCUGGACUCAUAAACAUCCAAAAGAAGGAACUAAAAACAAGGAUCAAAUUAUUGGCAAUGGAGAUCUUGGCCCUCAGGAACAUUCAGAACAAGCAAGUAAAAACAUGGAUCAAAUCACUGGCAAUGGACAUCUUGGCUGGGCUCAUGAACAUUCUGAAGAAGGAAAUAAAAACACAGGUCAAAAUACAGGCAAGGGAGAACUUGUUGAACCAAGAAAGAUUGAAGAACAAUUAGAGUUUAUACAAGACCAUAAGAAUCAACCUAAUGUCGUGGAAACUGAAUUACAGAGUUCUAAAGAUGCCUUAAAAUUGCCUAUAGAGGACGACUUGUUUUCUUUUGGAGGAGUGCCUCUUGUUUCUAAUGACAUAGUGUGUUCUGAUACUUCAAAAAAUCAAGUAAAUGAUGUACAAAGUGAAUCUCAGAAGUCUAAUAGAGAUCUUGUAGAGCCAAGAAAGAUUGAAGAACCAUUGGAGUUGAAACAAGACAAUAAGAACCAACCAAAUGUUGUAGAAAUAGAGUUCCAGAGUUCUAAAGAUGCCUUGAAAGCGACUGUAGAGGAUGGCUUGGCCAGUGAUGGAGGGGUGCCUCUUGAUUCCAACGACACAAUAGGUUCUGAUGCCUCACAGAAUCAAGUAAAUGAUGUACAAAGUGAAUCUCAGAAGUCUAAUAGAGAUCUUGUAGAGCCAAGAAAGAUUGAAAAACCAUUGGAGUUGAAACAAGACAAUAAGAACCGACCAAAUGUUGUGGAAAUAGAGUUCCAGAGUUCUAAAGAUGCCUUGAAAGCGACUGUAGAGGAUGACUUGGCCAGUGAUGGAGGAGUGCCUCUUGAUUCCAGUGACAUGAUAGGUUCCGAUACCUCACAGAAUCAAGUAAAUGAUGUACAAAGUGAAUCUCAGAAGUCUAAUAGUGAUCUUGUAGAGCCAAGAAAGAUUGAAGAACGACUGGAGUUGAAACAAGGCAAUAAGAAUCAACCAAAUGUUGUGGAAAUUGAGUUCCCGAGUUCUAAAGAUGCCUUGAAAUCAACUAUAGAGGAUGACUUGGCCAGUGCUGGUGGAGUGCCUCUUGAUUCUAAUGAUUUAAUAGGUUCCGAUGCCUCACAGAAUCAAGCAAAUGUUGUACAAAGUGAAUUUCAGAAGUCUGAGGAUGCCAUGAAAUCAACAGUGGAGCAAGACUCGGUCAUGGAAAGAGAGCUUCUUGAUACCAGAGCAGGAUUAUCUCCGGAGUCUUCAAUGGAAGAACAAAUCCAUAUGGAUAAAGUCUCCUUAUCGCAGGAUUCUAUAGCGGAGAUUAACCCAAAAACUAUGGAGAAGGAUGAUAAUAAACCUGCUGAUUCCGUCGAACUCGAAAAUGAGUUCGUCAAGGAUCUUUCAGAACAAAAAGGUGGAAAAUCCAACUUGGAUGCCAAUGAUGAACGUGGAAAAGCAGAUCAGAAUUUGAGCUCACCAAACUCAGAGCUCAAUGGUGAUUUGAAAAUCUCAGAAAUCAUUGAACAAGAAGAGGUAGCAGCUAAUUACCCUCUAGCAGAAAUCACAGCCAAAGAAGUUGAACUUGAAACUGAACACACACCCACUACUGUGACCAACAUUGAAGAUGUUGGAGAUAAUAAAAUUGAAUGUGAAUCUCAUAGUAAAUUCAACAAGCAAGAAUCUGAUAAUGUUUUGGAUAAGGACUUGGAAUUUGACAAGGACAUGGAAAAUUACUCCAAAGAUUUGAAUGGGAAUGAAGCUGAAGGCAACCCCUCCAAAUUAAGAGCAAAUGUAAUGGGCCUGCAAAAGGCCACAGGUUUGGCCCAUGAAAGCCCAAUGGAUUCUUCAAUGACUGCAGAUAAAUGAUCCUUCUAAUGGUGGCCAUGGAGUUUUGGAGGCUUGUUAUUUUGUAGGAGUCAUUUAGCAAACCUCAUAAAAGGAAGAAAUUACUUAAUCUUUUGUUUCUUCCAGUUGUUUUAAGAAUGAAGGUACUGAUUAGUUGUGUAUAAGUAUGACCAAAAUCAAAUGUAAUUAAUAGUCAAAUAAUUCUUAAACCUCCUUUUGAAGAUGGGUUUGAUGAGUGUAUUUUAAAACUUGUUAGAGACAUUAUUAUAUGAAAAAAUUACUUAGUUACAUCUUAGGUUACAUUCAUUUUUGUGCAUCUCACCUGAUUAUCUG